CUAAUGCAUUUAAAAAACAAACAUUUCUUAACCCUUUUUCCGGCCCCGGGACUUCUCUUUCCUGCCGACACAUGACAAUUCUGACUGACAAUUUUCUGGGCAAAAGCCCAACUAGAGCCUAUAGCUCAAAAAUGUAGCCAACGCAUAUCGGACCACAUAUUUGAAUUGCAGGAUGUUGUAUGGAUAAAAUACCUUUGAAGAACAGAAGUAGAAGAACUCGCACUGCAGAGCUCAUAUGGCCAUGGCAACGCCAAUGUUCAAAACUACCUCCUGCUUUGAAACCCUUUCUAACAAUGUAAUCUUAGCCAAUAAUUACGAUAAGAGGAAGAAUAAAAAGAAAAAAACCCGAUUGACGAGAUGCGAACUAUCGGAAGACUGGAAGCUAAGCGACGGGCCAAAGAAGAAAUUCGUCUGGAAGCAUCAUGGUGACACACGUCUUAAAAAACGGACGUCCUCGGAUAAAAUGGAGGAGUUUUUAGCAGAAGAGCGGCGCAAGCAGAAAUAUCAGAAGCACGUAGUGGAGGCCAUACGAAUUGUGCGUCAAUUGAGCUCAAAACCUGCGGGCUCUUAUAAUAUUCGCCACGUCCUUUCUCGUUUCAUUGGCCGGCUUUCCUUCAAAGAAAUGUGCGUCGUUUUGAAGGAGCAAAAAGGGUGGAGGGAAGCCUCUGAAUUCUUUUCCUGGAUGAAACUUCAGGUACAUGUAUAAGGGUUCUUUUUUUCCCCCAAACUUAGAGACAAUUGCCUCUUUUUCAUAAAAAAUCCAAGAGAUUUUUCUUACAUAGUAAAUUCACAUCCUUAUGUUUUUCUUUGAAAUUUAAACCAGCGAUCACAUUUGCAGCCUACAGUGCCCUUCGUAAGGGACUGUAGCCCGAAAAAGAUUUACAAAUUCUAAUUUCCCUUUGAAAUGAAGGGCAACUUAAAAAAUUUCUAAUAAGUACAGUAAAUUAAAAAAAAAAAAUUAACAAACCAUUUCUGAGAGGUGACGUUUCAGAGGCCCUUCAAAUGUAAUUUAAGGCCGCCCG